AUGUAUACAAACGCGAAUAGAGGAAUGUGGACUCUGGGUGGGUCGCAGUGGAUACUUAUUGAUCAACCAAAUGACCCUGACACCCUCGGAAACGAUUUCAUGACCCAAGACUUUUUACGGAAUCAACCUGGUUGCAAAAUUCCGCUUCUAAAAGAGAUGAGAUGCAUCAGUCAACCUACAGACAAAACAAAUUUCAUUUUGAUGUCUCGAGCACAGGGAGUAACCUUGCAAUCCAUCUGGGAAGAAUUAUCCAGCGACCAGAAAUUGUCAUACUCGAAACAAGUUGCUGAUGUCAUCAAGGAACUCAGAACAUAUACUUCGCCCGUUCCACAAAAGGUUGAUGGUACGCCAUUGGAUGAUUUUAUCAUAGGAUUUUGUUAUCCGAUGGUACCGCAUUGUAAAAAGAUAGGAUCCACUGGGAAAACCUGGAUUGACAACUUAGCUGAAGAGCUUCGACAUGGGCUGGCUAUAGAACACGACACCAACGAUCCUGCGAUCAUUGAUGAAAAGUUUCGAGAUCUCAGAGAAAAUUUCCCAAAUCAAGAACCAUAUGUUCUUAGUCACCUAGAUCUCCAUGCUAGUAAUAUCAUGGUAAAGGACGGGAAGAUAGAAGCAAUACUUGACUGGGAGUACGCUGGAUAUUACCCUUGGUGGGUUGAGCGAUACCGUAGUUACGCCGCUGGGGACGACGUAAAAGAUGAGUUGUUCGAGCCAAUAUGGGCGAACGAGACUAGUCUUAAUGUCGAAAUGGAUCGCAGCGAGUGGGAUGCCUACACAAAUAAGAUUGGUGAAGUAAUUGGAUUGUACUCGCGUUGUCCGAGAGAACAUCCAGAAUAUGACGGAUGUUGGCAACGACCAGCGUUUUGUGAGUGUAGACCAUUCGGAGGCUUCAUCAGACUAGAACAUCUUGGGGGACCAACGGGGCAUCGUAUCGCGGGCAAAAGUUUGACAACAGAAGGGGGCACGAACCUAAAUGAAUCAGAGGAAGAAGGCCUGAGAUCUUAGGGUAAAGGUGUGCUUCAGUGAGAUGAUAGCAUUGAGGAAAUCUGGAUGGA